UCAAAAAAUUUUGUAUACACCUCCUACUUUUUACUAUUUUAUCAAUGAAAAUACAAUUAAACAUGUCAAUUUACAGGCAGAGAUUAAAAGAAUUUGAAGAAAUUCUUUCAGCUGAAGAAAUUGAUUUUAAACGAUUAACAGGCGCUUGUUUUAAUGGUAUACCUGAUGCAAAUGGUUUUCGUUCAUUAUGUUGGAAAAUUUUAUUAGGUUAUCUUGGUACUGUAAGAAGUACAUGGCCAGAAACAUUAAAGAAAAAAAGAAAUUUAUAUAAGCAAUUUAUAGAUGAAUUAGUUGUACCACCAGGUAUUAAUUCAGCUAAAGAAUGUUCAGAUCAUCCAUUAAGUGAAGGACCUGAAAGUGCAUGGAGUAUAUUCUUCAAAGAUAAUGAAUUUCUCUUGCAAAUUGAUAAAGAUGUAAGACGUUUAUGUCCUGAUAUAUCAUUUUUUCAACAGCCAACUGAAUUUCCAUGUGAAGUUGUUGUUAAUAGUAAAGGUGAAAGAAGAUUACAUCAAAGAGUAGCACCAUCAGUUUUUAGUUCAGCAAAUGUUGAAAGAAAAGGUUUAGGAAUGACUAAGAUUAAUUUAAUAACAAAAAGAUCAGCUGAAAAUUAUGAAGCAAUGGAUGAAGGACAAGAAGCACAUUGGGAAGUUGUACAAAGAAUAUUAUUUUUAUAUGCAAAAUUAAAUCCUGGUCAAGGAUAUGUACAAGGAAUGAAUGAAAUUAUUGGUCCUAUUUAUUAUGUAAUGGCAUCAGAUCCAAAUAUAGAAUUUAGAAAACACGCAGAAGCAGAUUGUUUUUUCUGUUUUACAUCAUUAAUGGCUGAAAUAAGAGACUUUUUUAUUAAAACUUUAGAUGAUUCCGAACAUGGUAUCAAAUUUAUGAUGGCCAAAUUGUCAAAAAUGCUCAAAGAAAAAGAUGAUGUUGUUUUUAAUACAUUAAAACAACAAGAUUUAUAUCCUCAAUACUAUAGUUUUAGAUGGUUGACAUUACUAUUAUCACAAGAAUUUCCAUUACCAGAUGUUGUUAGAAUAUGGGAUUCUGUAUUUGCUGAUGAAAAACGUUUCAGUUUUAUAAUUGAAAUUUGCUGUGCGAUGAUAGUUAUUGUUCGUGAACAAAUUUUACAAAAUGAUUUCGGCUCAAAUGUUAAAUUAUUACAAAAUUUUCCACCUAUUGAUAUUAAUAUUGUACUCUCUAAAGCUGUUCAACUUAGAAACGAAUAGCGUUUACUUAUAAAAUCAAAUACAAUAAAAUUAAAUGAUAUGAAAUAAUAUAGAAGAAGAAAAUCAUUGAUUCCGAAUAUUACAUUUAAAUAAUAAAUGAAUACUUGUAGAAUAUUUUAUUAGGAUAAACAAACUAUAUACCAAUCAAAGUUUUAUAUUUUAUA